AAAGCAUUCUCAUCACAUUAUCACAACAUCUACCUUAUUCUAUUCCACUCAUAAGAUCUUACUCUUCGGUUAUUACAAAAACAUACUCACUCUACUACUUACCAUUUCCUCCUAUAUAUAUAAUACCCACACGUACAAUCUCCUCACCACUGCACACCCACAACUCCUUGUGUUAUUUUAGAAAAUUUCUGAGUUUUUGUUUAGAUAUGGACGAGAGCCUUUCAGGGUUUUCGAUGAAAGCUCGCGGUUGCGGCGGCGGGGGUGGAAAUAAGUGCGGGAGGUGGAACCCGACGAGCGAACAGGUUAAGGUUCUGACCGAUCUGUUUAGGUCAGGACUGAGGACUCCUAGUACUGAUCAGAUACAAAAGAUCUCAACACAGCUGAGCUUUUAUGGCAAGAUAGAGAACAAGAAUGUGUUUUAUUGGUUUCAGAAUCAUAAAGCUAGGGAAAGGCAGAAACGUCGCAGGGUUUAUAAUGUUAGUGAUCCUAGUGACGAUGAGAUCAUUCAUUGCAAAGACAAGGUUUCCUCGAUCAAACAAUUUGGAGAAAGAAAGCAGGUUGUUUCGGAGGAGCCAGAGAGAGUGAUCGAGACGCUGCAGCUGUUUCCUUUGAAUUCAUUCGAUGAGUCGGAGCCGGAGAAGCUGAGACUGUAUGCAAGCGAGUACAAUAAAGAAAACGGUUCGACCUUCAUUUAUUCGUUUGGAAGAGAUCAAGUGGAUAAUCCAUAUCAUCCACCACUAGAUUUGCGCUUAAGCUUCGUGUAAACUGCUGUAUAAUUUGUCUCUCAUGUUGCAUAAUAUGUUUGAAUAGUUGUUCAAGUCGAGAGCUUAAAGUUUGA